CCAGUAAUGAACGUCAACUUGAACUCGAACAUUUCACGUCGCACACUCAUAUUACAAACAGAACGAUCCAGCGCACUGCCCAGCGCCCUACUCCGCUUUACACCUUUCUUAAGACCUGUACUAUUAUGUCGCGAUAGUAUCACCCUCACCAGUACAACAGCAUGGCAUCCGAAUUCAUCGGCUACACGAUCCUGGUCACAUUGAAGAGUCCACCCUGGUGGCCGAACAGUCAGGUCCAAGGCGUUGUCGCCAAUGUCGCGAACCAGAAACUAUUUCUACGAAAUGUAUUACUUUUGUGGAACAGACAACGACUCGAUACCUACACGCUCGACUCUUCCUCAAUCGCCGACCUAGAAGUCUCACCGGCUCAACCACAACCGCCACGGGCGCAAAAGGAGGAAUUUGCUACUGGUAUACCGGUGACUGCGACGCAGCCUCAGCCUGAGAAUAGCCCGAUCCCGCUGGGUCAUGCCAGUGUCACUCCCAAACAGCAGAAUGCCAGUGAUGCUACAACUGCAUUUGUUGACCCGGCCAUUGUCAGUUAUGCCAAACCACCGGGUGUUGGAGAUGCAGAAUCAGCACGGCCUCAACCAGUAUCCCCAAUUAUGAUCGCCGACGGCAUUGUCAGCAGCCCCUCGGCGCGAUUGAUGCAGGAUGGAAAUGUGGGAAGCAGCUCGGUCUCCAGCAUCGCCACAGCGGUGCCCAGACACCCGCACUCGGCCAAGAACACAUCUGCGAGCGCGACACUUACAGAGCCCUUUGAUGCGUUACGUCUCGGCAAGAGUGCUGUCGAAGCCAAGGUAGCGCCGGCGCCAGCACCUGCACCACCGACGGCGACGACAACAACUGCACCACCCAAGACUCGAGAUACACCGUCCCAAACGGGACCGGGGAUCAUUGACAUCAAAGAUGUGAAUCAUGGCCCGUUGUCCGCCGCCGCCCAGCGGAAGGCUGCUGCUGGCAAAGGCAAAGGAUGGCGCCAGACACCCCUGAUCGAGGAAGUGCCCCGAUCCAACAAAAAGAAAAACACCCAACGAGGCAGAAGAGCGGCUGUCGAGGACGUCAACGGCUGGGCUACGGAGGAUGCUACUGACAUUCAAGACAUGGGCGAAUUCGACUUUGAAUCCAACCUGUCCAAAUUCGACAAGCGCAGAGUAUUUGACGACAUCCGGCAAGCAGACACGACGGCAGAGGCAGAUCGACUAGUCAGUUUCAACCGCAAAGCGCGACCCGGGACCAAUGGAGGACGGAAUCUGCAUUACACAGAAAACGUGCUAGACACGCCAGACACAAAGGACAAGGAUCGAUGGAAAAGCGAAGCCGGCGAGACCGAGGAUGAAACCAUGGAGGGCCACUACAGCAGCGGGAAAGGGUCGAGGAGAGCAGGGUCCCGACGGCCACUUCAGUCUAGGAAAGCAAGCGGCAUCCCCGGGCACCUCGAGCAGACGGAAUCUCCGCGACCGAUGGGUAAUAGGAUCCAGACAGCAUCACCUCUCAAUGGAUCCGUGUCGGGUCUUCGCGCCUCGUUCAAGAUGGCCAGCAACAAACCUUGCCAUUGUCUGUCGCCGCUACAAAUGCUCGAGAUUGAGCAGCUGUGUACUUCGGAAUUGGGCCUGACCGAAGACAUGUUGUCGGAAAACGCCGGCCGCAGCAUCGCCAUGGCCGUGCUCAAAGUUUCGCCAACGGUCAAGAGUGUCGUCUUCUUGGUCGGCAAUCACAAGUCCGGUGCUAGAGCCAUCGCCGCGGCCAGGCAUCUGCGCAACCGGCGACUCAGAGUGACUGUGGUUGUGCUGGGUGGAGAACGGGAAGAGCUCUUGCUCGAAGCCAUGCGGAAGCAGCUGAAUGUGUAUAAGAAGGGUCAGGGUUACGUGGAUCGCUGGGACGAGUAUCAAGCAAAAGCUUCUUCGGGUGGUCCUUCUCCCGACGUCGUGGUUGAUGCUCUGCUCGGGGUGCAUGUGACGUUCGAGGAGUUGCGAACUGAUGACCAGGCUACAGUACUGGAAAUGAUCCGUUGGGCUAAUCGCUCUUCGUCGGUGCUUUCCAUCGAUGUGCCCACGGGCCUCUCGGCCACUUCGGGCCUGUUGACCGAGGUGGAUGGCCAGGCUCUGGUCAUGGCCAGCAAACAUGUCUUGAGUCUCGGUGCACCCAAGACCGGGUUACUUCUCGCCAUGGCGACGGAGGGGUUCGAGCAUUCCUGGAAUGUCUGGGUCGCGGAUAUUGGUAUUUCGGCCGCGGCCUGGCAGAAGUAUGGUACGAGACGACAGCAUGGUACGGAUUUUGGGACGGAAUGGAUUGUUCCGGUCAAGUUUGUUGUAGGGUCGCAAGGGUAGAAAAAGGUGGAAUGGAUGCUGGAGUAUGAUCACAGAGGUGAGUAUGGUAUGGUAUGGAUAAAGGAUUUGGGCAUCGUUCAUCGUUUAUUAUGCCAUCAGCUGUGGAUGGCGUUUGGCAGACUGCUGUCUACUAUUGAGUCAAAGGACUUUUUGUGCUGCGUUCAAGCCGACGGGAUUGAGAAAGGAGAGAAAAGGAGGAAUAGGUUUCAGUGGUGGACAUUACUAGUCUCUCUCUGUCUCUUCCAUUGAUAUUGUAGAAGAGCAUCAUAAACAAUACUGAUGAUGGGGCCAGGCCAGGACUGGUCAACAUAAACUUGAACAAUUUGUGAAAUUCGUAUACUACUUCUCGUAGAAUGCCCAAGAUAAUGAUCAAG